CGAAUGUAUAGACUAGAUCAUACAAGACAGUGACAAUAUGUUGAGGGCUGUUCCAAGUGAUUUUGUUUUACCGGGAAAUCGUGUAUGACUAUGCAAUAAUGAGUUAUUGUUAGGAAAAGGAGGAUCAGAACUAUAUAAAUAGAUAAUUAGAAAUUACUAAUUAGUUGGUUUAACUUUCUUGGGUCGAAGAUUUCAUUGACUAUAGAAUACACAUGCGGAAGAAAAUUAGUUGAAUAUGAUAUUGUAACAUAUUAUUGUGUGUCCUAGUUUAAAAUAAUUGUGUGAAGUAACCGUAAAAAAUUACUGUUUAUGAUAGUUUUAAGAAGAUAUAUGCGCCUUGAAUCAACGAAUUAACGAGAUCUAAGAGCAGAGUAAGAAUGGCUGAAUAUGGCACAUAUCCCAUAUAUCCUCUAACAGGUAUAGAUUGUCAAUCAUUGUUAUCCCAACCCGAUAAACACCAAGUUAGUGGUUGGCUCAGAAAACGCAGUUUCAGAAAUAGAUUAAAGUUAUUUCAAUGGCCUCAAGUAUACGUCGUCCUCAGCCGCGGGUGUAUAUAUUAUUUUGGUAGUGAAACUUCUAAAAAAGCACAUUCAUUUCCCUUGUUUGGAUAUAACAGUAUUUUGAGGGAUAGUGAAAUGCAGGAUGCUUUGUGGGUUUUUAAAAUUAUUCAUACGCAUGCCGAAUACAAAACGUAUUACUUUUCAGCGUCAUCAGAAAAAGAAAUGAAGGAUUGGAUGAGAAAAAUCAAAUGUGAAAUGGAUCGUGCUAAUAACAAACCAGAAAAGAGAAAGAAAAGAGGAACUGGCGACGGAAUAGAUUUCGAUGAGGAAUCGUUGACGUAUCAAGAUAUCGAAGAAAAACUUUAUGAUGAUCCCGCUACACUCAUUUUACCAAAUAGUUAUAAAAGUAAACGUAACUCGGAACUUGAUUCUGAUGACGACAUGGAUGGCAGACCCCCAAUAGCACCACCAAUCCCACCUCGCCCGUCCGAUGAUGGAUCAACAAAAGGACAAAAAACAAGACGGAAGAAGUCUGGUGCAGCGUAUACAAAAACCGAGAUUAAAACUAAACCGGAUGUUAGGCAGGAUGCAGACACCAUCCGAGAAAGACGCACUCGAGGUGAUGGCGCAAGUGCAGUAGUUGAUACGCCUACAGAAGAAGAGUCUAUGACCCAAGAAGAAUAUUGGUCUUCAAUUUACUAUGACCCAUCAAAAGAUACACAAUCCAAUGAGACAGACAUAAUAAGAAAUAUAGCAGAAGAUGGCGUAUUUUUAGUUAAAAGAUGUAUUGAUGGCACGUUUACUUUGUGUUUUUAUGCUCAAAAUUUACCACGAAAAAUGAAAAUCCAAACAAAUGAUACUGGUCGGUAUUUUCUACAAGAACAAUCCUGUAUAGUUGACAGUAUAGAAGAAUUGGUAUACCAUUAUUAUGAAAAUAAUAUACCCAUAAAACAGUUCCACUCUAAACUAGAAACACCAUAUAAAUUACAUCCUAAAUAUAAACGAGUGUGA